GACUCCGCCCUUCCUCCUCUUUAUCUCAGUGUUGCAGCCGGACGGGAGAGAACCCCGAGUGCGAGCGACGAUUUUUGGGACCGAGGCAGGAACACUUCAAAAACCCUAACCCCGAUCCUAGCCCUGAUUCCUUGCCCCUUGCCCAAUUCUCUCUUCGAUUUCCUCGGAAAAAUAUUUGUCUCUCUUUAUUUUAUUUUUCUUGUGAUUUUCCUCCUGCCAAUUGAUACUGGUGAAGAGGGAAGCGGCAAUGGCGGUGCAUGAAGAUGGGAGAGCUUCUGAGAAGAGAUCCGGCGAAGAUGGCGAUGAUAUGCCCAUCUUCAAUGCCGAGAAUCUACAGAGCAACAUGAAAUCCAUCUACUACAGUCGUACCUUCUUGUCUAUCAUUGGCGGAGUGGUUGCUGGAAUUUGGGGAUUUACUGGCUUGAUGGGCUUUGUUCUUUAUUUCUUAAUUAUGGCAACCGCUUCUUUGGGAUUUGCAGCGAAGGCAAAAUUUUCGACCCACAAAUACUUUGAUUGUUGGAACAGAAUUGUAAUUGAUGGAUUUCUGGGUGGCCUCAUGUUUUAUGCUUGCAGUCGUUCGUGCUGUUCUGGACGUUUGCUUAUGACAUUGUUCACAUAUUCUGAGCAAGGGGAGCGUUUGAUUAUUACCUGAAGGUGAUGCAGAACGGAUGGUAUUCAUUAAAUGGCUAAUCAAAAUGCAUUCCUGCUGAAAGCUAUCGUUAUCGCUAUUUAGCAGGCACUUGAUGAGGAGAAACCCUCUGGCUUGUUUGCUUGAUAUAAGUAAUGUCAUCUUUCUUAUUUUACUCUAAGACGAGGAUUGCAGCAAAGUCCUCAUUUUCUAUCCUCUGUUGAAUUAAACCUGUUAAUUUAUUUAUAAAUUAGAGAAGACUGUUGCUAGAUGUUAUUCUUGUUGAAAGCAGCCCUUGAUGAUUGAAAUUUACGGUGACUUGAUUAUCGGUUCUAGA